UCAUUCUAAAAUAAUUGAAUUACUAUAUCUGUUCGCACGUUGGCGCCUUUUGAAAUGAUUUUUAACUUUUACUACGGUCGGUAAUAACAAUAUCGUUAACACAGCUUAGCGGCUGAGUAUCUUUUUAGGUUAGGACUAAGAACAAGAUUUUAGUGUUGUGUUUAAUCACGUAUCAACAGUGUCUCCUGUAUAUAACCUUUACUGAUUUGCUUUAAAGGAAAAUUUGUGUAAUAUCACCCAAUUUUUUUUUUUUAAAAGAACUGAUUUUGAACUUUUGUGCUAUGUCAUCUUUUGGAAUAUAUAAUUUAUGCUGUAAUCCAUUGCAAAUAGAAAAUCACAGAGUUAGGAGGGGUCUUCGACGAGCUUCUAUUCCCCAACAAAACUCAUAUAACUUGAGUAAGGAUGAUUUUCUUUGCACAUGGUGUAGAAAAGAAUUGGCCAUAAGGAAUAGUGCCUGUGAUCAUGAAGUUGAAGGCGGAGUUGAAAAUGUUGUAACUGAGAAAACCGUCUCAUUAAUUUCAGAAAUGGUGUCUGAGUUGGAAAGCGUGAGUCAAGAACUAACCUCUCAAACUAGUAGCUUGUCUCAAUUGAGUUUAGGUACUGUGUUGCCUGUGGUUAAUGAUGCAAUCGCAUUAUUAAACCAAUCCCCAAUCGUUAAAAAGUAUGCCGAUAACCAAACUUAUCUACAAAAAAAAGUUCGAAAUGUAUGCGAUGAAUUGAAUACGUCUUUGGGAAUAUUGAAAGAUACUGACGAUGAAACUAAUUCAAAAGACUUUUUGGAGAUGAUCGAAAAAUUGAAGAUUAAGUUUACCAAUAAUAAUACGACGAGGUCUGAGAAAAUUCAAAUCCUCACGCUCUUGCCUGAAACAUGGGGCCUACCCCGAGUUUGUAGUAUAAUGGGUUGUACAAGAUACAUGGCGUCUUUAGCUAGGAGACUUCGUGAAGAAAAAGGCAUCCUUUCAACACCAAAUGCGAAAUUAGGUCGUUCGUUAUCAAAUGAUAUAAAGGCUCGGAUUAGGGAAUUCUAUGUUGACGAUGAAAUCAGCGUGAAUAUGCCUGGAAUGAAAGAUUAUCUUUCUAUUAGGAAUGAUGACGGAAAACGUGAACAUAUGCAAAAACGACUUAUUCUAUCUAAUUUACGCGAAUUAUAUGAAAUUUUCAAAGAACGAUAUCCUGAUCAUCGAAUUGGUUUCUCUAAAUUUGCGUCAUUACGCCCUCAACACUGUGUACUUGCAGGUUCUAGCGGAACUCACACUAUUUGUGUUUGUUCUAUGCACCAAAACAUUAAGCUCAUGAUGUUAGGAUGUAAUUUAGCAACUCUUACAAGCCAAUCUGAAACAUCAUUACAGCAUUAUGGUGAUUGCUUGGAAAUAAUUAUGUGUCAAGAAUCAACUUCUGAUUGUUAUUUCAAUAAUUGUGAUAAGUGCCCAGGAGUACAAAUUUUAAAGAAUUUAUUACUUGAUAUACUAGAUGAAAAUGGAAUCGAUGAGGUAACUUACAAGUAUUGGAUUUCAAAGCCUCGUACAAGUAUGGAAACAUUCGUGAAAAGUUCAACAGAUUUUGUCGAUAAUUUUUGUGAAAACCUGCUCGCUCUUUUACCGCAUCAUUACAUUGCUAAAAAACAAGCAAGCUAUUUGAGAUCGCUAAAAGAAUCAUUGAAACAGAAUGAGUACAUUGUGAUUUGUGAUUUUUCGGAGAAUUAUGCCUUUGUUAUUCAGAAUGCUGCAUCUGGAUUUCAUUGGAAUAACGACCAAGCAACGAUUUAUCCAGUUGUAAUUUAUUACAAAGAAGACAAUGUACUUAUUCACAAAAGUUUAGUCAUAAUAUCUGACUGUUUAUCUCAUGACGCAGUUGCCGUUCAUGAAUUUAUAAGGAUUACAACGGAAUUCAUCAAAGAGUUAUCCAAUGAUGCUGUGAAAAUUAUUUACUUUUCUGAUGGAGCGCCUCAGCAAUUUAAAAACUUCAAGAAUUUUGUAAAUAUUAAUUAUCAUAAAGAAGACUUUGGCCUGGAAGUUGAAUGGCAUUUUUUUGCAACAGCCCACGGCAAAGGGCCUUGUGAUGGAGUAGGGGGUACCGUUAAAAGAAUAGCUUCACGAGCGAGCCUUCAACUUCCGUAUAACGAACAAAUAUCAACACCUCAUCAAUUGUAUGACUGGGCGGUAAAACCGAAUUCUUUGCCAAAUAUUUGUAUUCGGUUUUUUUCUAAUGACGAUUAUAUUCAAGCCAAAGAAUUUUUGGAGAAACGUUACUUAAAAGCUAAAACAAUAUCAGGUACACAAAAAUAUCAUUGUGUCAUACCUGACGGAGAAGGCACUUUGAAAUUUAAAGAAUUUUCAUUUUCUUCAAAUUCGCAAACUUAUAAGUUGUUCAAACGUGUAAGAAAAUGUGAAUAAAUUUAAAAAGUUAUCUAAUAUUA